AUCAUCGCAGAGUUUCUGUUUCUCCACUCUCCAAUGAAUGACGGCAUUGUGGCACCGAGUGGGGUCAGCUGAUGCAAGGAAUCCGGGCAGACACAGGAAGGAAGGAGAUGUGGGCACAUGAAGGGAGCUUUUAAUCAAACGUCCUGGGACGGUUAGAGAAGAUAGCAUUUAAACGUGGCGGCUGUUUGUUUUUGUGACAUCUGGAGGGCCAGGAUGCGUCUGAUGGUGAGAGCUUCUCGUAAGGCCAGCAGGCUGCCUCACUUGCUGGAGAAAACUGUUUGGACUCAGCGGGGCAUCGUCCUCAGCGAGAGCUUCUUCAUGGUCAAAGGUGCAGCCCUCUUCCUCCAGCAGGGCGGCAGCACAGAGGGACCCAGGACUCCCACCCAUCACAAACAUGCAGGUGACUUACCUCAACACCUGCAGGUCAUGUUUAAGAUCCUGCGCUCUGAAGAUCGUAUUAAGCUGGCUGUGCGACUGGAGAGCGGCUGGUCGGAGCGAGUUCGAUACAUGGUGGUCAUCUACACCAACGGCCAUCAGGAUACGGAGGAGAACAUCGUCCUGGGAAUGGACUUCACUGACAAAGACAGGAAAAGCUGCUCCAUUGGGAUGGUGCUGCCAUUGUGGAGUGACACCAACAUCCACUUAGAUGGAGACGGAGGCUUCAGUGUCAACACAGCGGGUCGCUCUCAUGUCUUCAAACCUGUAUCAGUGCAGGCCAUGUGGUCUGCCCUGCAGGUCCUCCACAAGGCAUGCGAGGUGUCACGCCGCUUCAACUACUUCCCGGGAGGCAUCGCUCUUACGUGGAUGGCCUUCUAUGAAAGCUGCAUCACAUCAGAGCAGAGCUGCAUCAACGAGUGGAAUGCUAUGACCGACCUGGAGACCACCCGGCCCGAUUCCCCUACAAUGUUUGUAGACCGGCCGACUGAGAGGGAGCGGACUGAGUGUCUCAUUAAAGCAAAGCUACGCAGCAUCAUGAUGUUUCAAGACUUGGAGAACAUCACUUCCAAGGAGAUUCGUACGGAGCUGGAGCAGCAUAUGAGUUGCAACCUGACCGAAUACAAGGAGUUCAUAGAUAAUGAGAUGUUGUUGAUACUGGGACAGAUGGACAAGGCCACCGUUAUCUUUGACCAUGUCUAUUUGGGCUCAGAAUGGAACGCUUCCAACCUCGAAGAACUGCGCGACUGUGGAGUGGGCUACAUUCUAAAUGUGACCAGAGAGAUUGACAACUUCUUCCCAGGGAUGUUCUCCUACCAUAAUGUCCGCGUGUAUGACGAGGACGCCACCGACCUGCUAGCCCACUGGAACGACACAUACAACUUUAUUGUCAAAGCCAGGAAGAACAGUUCCAAGUGCCUGGUGCACUGUAAGAUGGGUGUAAGCCGCUCCGCCUCCACUGUUAUCGCCUACGCUAUGAAAGAGUAUGGUUGGCCUCUGGAAAAAGCGUAUAACUUUGUCAAGCAGAAGCGAAGCAUCGCUCAGCCUAACGCAGGUUUCAUGAGACAGCUUGCAGAAUAUGAGGGAAUACUGGAUGCGAGUAAGCAGCGGCACAACAAGCUAUGGAGACCAGGAAGUGAUGAGGAAGGCUCAGAUGAGCUACAAGCAUCCAGCCGGUGUUCGGGCCAAGAGGGAGAGGAGGAAGCCUGGGGAGGUUGUGGGGCGUCGCCCUGUCGAGGUCUAGAGAUGGAACCCCUCGACUCCCUCAACUACAACUACUACUUCAGGCGCCUGUCAGACUCUGCGUUAGACAGCGAGCCCUCGACCCCAGUGCGGGGCCCCCCUCUGCUCGGAAUGGAGAGAGUCUUCAUCGAGAUCGAAGACGUGGAGAGAGAUGCACUCCUGGAGGACGAGGGUUUCCCCAUGGCUCAUCUAACGUUGCCAGGCGAGGGCACGGCCGCUCAGACAUGCGGGCGCCUCGACCCCCUGGAAGACAUGAGACUGAGGCUGGAGUUCAGUACGCUUGAGGAAGAGGACGAAGAAGAGGCCAAGAAGGAGGAAGCCGAGAUGGCCGCCCUGGCUCAAACCCCCGCCCAUUCUGAAGGAAAGCGAUCCGGGGAAGAGAGCCGGUUAGGCCUUGCCAACUUGAACACCAACAACAGCAACCGGCUAGCUGCCAAACGCAGCUGCCCGGCCGCCUUUGAUGACAGCGCCACCCCUGGCAACCCUUUAAAAGUCAAACCCUCCUACCAGUCCUGUAAAGACUGCCUUCGCCUACCACAAGGGCGGCGCUGCGACCGUCCAGCAGGGGGACGUUCCCACCGCCUUAACCCAUCUCGCCACUGCACUCUCCCCACCAUAUGCAUAGACCCUCCUGGGACCAUUUUUACUUCCAGUCCACUCGUCUCCAGUAGCCACCUAUACCGUUGUUCCCCCACCACCAUCCCGCUAGACAACCGUCAGAAAGUGGUGUCGCCCAUGAGCUGUGAAGACCCAACACACGUGUCUAACUCAGUAGAGACUAUGGAUGAAGCUGAGGUGGACGGACAGACUGGAAAUCCAGCAGAAAUCCAGUGAGGGAACCAAAUGCUAUGUGGAAUUGGUGAAUCUGCCAAAUUUGAUGCGGGAGGAUCGGCUGGUGCCUUGACUGAGUAGCCUGAGCUUCAGUGACAGAGUUGACUGUCCUGACUUUGAAGUGUUGCCAGCCCAAAGCUGCAGGAGUUCUCGAAGGAUCCAUGAAGCUGGUUAGCAUCCAAUCAGACUAAAGACCCUUCUGGAACCUGGCUGAGGAACCUUUAGAAUUUUUACACAGCAGAAUGGAUGGUGAGAUCCCAGGUUUGUGGUUCUUUGAACUGCAAAGAAAUGACGGCCAUGCGAAGGAAAACGCCUAAACACCUUGGUGUUCUGUGCUGUAUAAUCCACAAUUCAACUCAAACAGUACUUACUACUGAAGAAGCGUGAUGGUCGUUUUCAGUCAGACCGCCAAGACUAUGUCCCCACAAGAAAAUAUUUCAAAUUAAAAGCAUUGCAUUGUUUACAGUUUUUUGAGGCAGUGACCACACUUGUAGUUCAAUACUCUGCUAUGGACAGAUACUGUACACUGCAAAAACUCAAGCCCAAGUGAGAUUAAAUAUCUGAUUUAUC